AUGGUAAACACUAGCAAGGACCCUGUGGUUGGCAACGAGCAGAAAGCAGGUGCUUUCUGGCAACGCAUUGCAGCGUACUUCGCAGCAAGUCCAAAGGUGGCAAGAGGUGAAACGCGAUCAGUCAUUCAGUGUAAGCAAAGGUGGCAGAAGAUGAAGGAUCUUGUAUCCAAGUUUUGUGGAACCUAUGCGGCUGCAACAAGACAGAGAACAAGUGGUCAGAGUGAGGAUGAUACUGUAAAAAUGGCACAUAAAAUCUUCUACGACGAUCAGAAGAUUAAAUUUAAUCUUCACCAUGCUUGGGAGGAGCUGAGGAAUGACCAGAAAUGGGAAUAA